AUGUCAGUUAAUUUUGCCAAUAUUUUAAACAAUGCCGAAUUUGCAGAAAAGAAAUUGAUUGAGCUGCGUAGCAAGUUGGAAGAAAUCAAAAAGGUCAAAGUUCUUGAGGCAAUUAGGGCCAUUACCCAAGAAAAUACUCUUCUCUCAUCAAAAAUAGAAGACGCAAAAGCACAACUUAUUAGACUUGAAAUAUUACAUGGUAAACAGCAAUAUCAGCUGCCUGGUAAAGCUGCGAUUUCGCAAACUGCAACAAUACCUCAAAAUCCAGUGUCAAAUCAGAACGACAGCGAGACAUUAGCAACAAAAAAUAGCAAGAAAGGUAAAAAAGAGUCUGUAAAGAAGGAAAAGAUAGCUAGUCAGCCUGCCGGCGACGAUUCAGUUGUAGAUGUUCGGAAACUUGAUUUUAGAAUCGGAAAAAUCAUAGAAAUAAAUAAACAUCCUGAUGCUGACAGCCUUUAUAUAGAGAAAAUUGACUGUGGAGAAGAAAAUCCACGUACUGUUGUCUCAGGUCUUGUCAAUCAUGUGCCAAUUGAAGAAAUGAGGGACAGGAUUGUUAUGGUUCUUUGUAAUUUAAAACCAGCCAAGAUGAGAGGUAUAACAUCAGAAGCAAUGGUAAUGUGUGCUUCAUCACCUGAUAAAGUAGAAGUGUUAAUUCCACCUGCUAGUGCUGUACCAGGUGACCUGGUGUCUUGUGAUGGCUACCCUCGGGAGCCUGAGCCCCAACUGAACCCAAAGAAGAAGAUAUUUGAAACCUGUGCCCCAGACCUUAAAACAGAUGAUAAUAAAGUAGCAUGUUAUAAGGGUAGUCCCUUGCUUGUAGCAGGUAAAGGCCCUGUUGUUGCAGCAACAUUACAUGGUGUUAGUGUAAAAUAA